CAUGCACCAUGCAAGAAUAGCACAUCUUGAAUUCCUUAUAGAACCACUCCUAGCUUCCUCAGGGCAAAUAUCAUAUUAUGUGGAAACUCCUUCAUGCCAUGACAUGCCACAUUAAACAUACUAUAGUCGACAACGCUUUAGUCAACACUUUAGUCGGUAAGCACAUUCAGUUUGUGGUUCUGCAGCUUUCAAAGAAUAAAUGACCUGAAAUUGGUAAAAACAUGCAAAAAGACACAGUACAAUGUAUACUGAAUAGCAAAAAUGGGAUAAAGAAGACACGAUGGAGAUAGAGAGGAAAAUGAGCAUGAAAGAAGAUUUCCCACUGAAGAAUGGAAGAUUUCUACAAAAACACCUCACAGAACACAAGCAACAUCAACUUCCCCUACAGCAACAUCACAGAGGGCUACGGCUAUAAUAACAACAGCAAUGAAUUCUCUCCUGACGAAAGUUCUCUUUUCAUCAUAUAUGUGGUGACAUGUAUUAUCAUUGGUAUCGGCCUUCCCUUGACCCUUGUAGCCAUCUAUGGUGUUUAUUCUCUGGUGAGAAACGAUCAUGUUGCUCCGAUCUACGUCAUCAACCUCCUCAUUUCUGACAUCAUUCAGUUCUGCUGCAUGAUCGUUGAAGUGGCAAAACCUAAGGAUUGGAUAGCCAAAAAUAUCUUUAUUUUUACAUACUGUUUUGGUCUGAUGGCCAGUGUUGGCUUCAUGGUGUGUGUCGCCCUGGAAAGGUAUUUGGCUAUCUCCUGCCCGCUGUGGUACCGCUUCAGACGAAAUAUCAAGAUCCCUAUAGCAGUCUGUUUUGUGGUCUGGGCUCUGCCUCUUGUAUUUCUCCUCCCUUUAUAUUUCAGAGUUGAUUUUCACAUUUUGACAACAAUCUUCGCUGUCUACCUCCUUAUUCCCCUCCCCUUCUUCAUAUUCUCCCUGGUUGGGACCCUUAAUGCUCUGUCAACCAGCCGCAUCUCCUCUGAUGAAAAACGACGGAUUGUGGCAAUUUUGGUUGUGGUGCUACUUACUUACAUGCUGCUGUUCCUGCCCACCACCAUUUGGUGCCUUGAUAAAAAAGUUAGAUAUAAUGAUACUUUAAUUGAUCUGUCUUUCACUGUUAUACAGUUCAGUCCUCUUGCAGACUUGUUUCUAUAUGUUUUCAUUAGGAAAGGAGCUGUAGACAAGAUUUUGGCCUCUCUGUGUUGUUGCAGAAUGGAGAGCAAUGAUAUCAGAAGAUCAACAGACUGAGACUGAAUGAUGACAACGUAUACACAGUUGCUCCAUGUAGGCACAGCAAACAAGAAAAAAGAAGAGAUGAAGGCAAAUAGAUAGAGACAGAUACUGUGUUCACUUGCAUAAAAUGUCAUUUUUAAUUGCUUUUGUUUAUUAACUCAAAGUUCAUGUACGUUAUUAUUACCCUUGAAUCAAAAAAGCUAAUCUUACAUGCCCAUGUAGGCAGAGAAAGAAAGAAAAUAGAAAAUAUUAAGGUAAAUUCACUGGCUGUGCUGCUGUGUGAAAGCUUCAACAAAUGUAAAUAAAAUAUUUUUUAUGUUUA